UUUUGUAGCUGGCUGGCUUGCUAAAUUCAGUGUUUUCAGCACUGGGGACCUGCCAGCUCAGAUCUCCAAUCCUCAGAGACUCACAAACUUCCUGCGUGGGCUCCUCUUGCUCGGAGUCGCUUGAGGAUGGAUGUAUAAGGGGACACAGAAGGAAAAACAGAUUCAGCCACCCUUUAGCUCCACACAGUUUUACAACAGGAACGGUGGAGAGAAGAGUGGGGCGAAUACAAGAGGCCCCGUGUUGGUGGCAGUUUUUUUCGCAGCCGCGCAGCUCGUGGAUGACUUCCGUUCCUGGGAGGGUGGACCAGUUAGGCAGGUAGGGCUCUGGGUCCCACAGGGACUGACCUUUGUUCCCCUGCUUGCUAAUAGCGGAAACUAAGCCAUAAAGACAGAAUAAAGGCUCCACUGCUUGGCUUUUUGUUUUGAGUUUAAAUCGCUAACCCGCGGCAGUGAAGGGAACCUCUCCUAGGGUGAAGCUCUGGAGCGCAGCGGGCAAAGACUUCUCUGCAGGACCGCGCGGUGGCUCAGUUCCAGGAGCCACAAACUUGCCAGGAUCAGAGACAAUCAACUAAACCCACGUCGUACUCACCGCACUUUCGAGACACGCGAGUGCAGGAAAACUCCUGCGAAUCCCCUGGGAAAGGACACCAUGCCCCCCAGGUCUCUCCCCAACCUCUCCUUGCCCACGGAGGCGAGCGACAGCGAGCUGGAACCCGAGGUGUGGGAAAAUGAUUUCCUGCCUGACUCAGACGGGACCACCGCGGAGUUGGUAAUCCGCUGUGUGAUACCAUCCCUCUACCUAAUCAUCAUCUCGGUGGGCUUGCUGGGCAACAUCAUGCUGGUGAAGAUAUUCCUCACCAACAGCACCAUGCGGAGUGUCCCCAACAUCUUCAUCUCCAACCUGGCUGCCGGAGACCUGCUGCUGCUGCUGACCUGCGUCCCCGUGGAUGCCUCCCGAUACUUCUUCGAUGAAUGGGUGUUCGGCAAGCUGGGCUGCAAACUCAUCCCAGCCAUCCAGCUCACCUCGGUGGGGGUUUCCGUGUUCACUCUCACGGCCCUCAGCGCUGACAGGUACAGAGCUAUCGUGAACCCCAUGGACAUGCAGACGUCUGGUGUGGUGCUGUGGACCAGUUUGAAGGCCGUGGGCAUCUGGGUGGUCUCUGUGCUGUUGGCUGUCCCUGAAGCUGUGUUUUCGGAAGUAGCACGCAUCGGUAGCUCAGAUAACAGCAGUUUCACAGCAUGCAUACCCUACCCACAAACAGAUGAGUUACAUCCAAAGAUCCACUCAGUGCUCAUUUUUCUUGUCUAUUUCCUCAUACCCCUUGUUAUCAUCAGCAUUUAUUAUUAUCACAUUGCGAAGACUUUAAUUAAAAGUGCACACAAUCUUCCUGGAGAAUACAAUGAACAUACCAAAAAGCAGAUGGAGACACGGAAACGCCUGGCCAAGAUCGUUCUAGUGUUUGUGGGCUGCUUUGUCUUCUGCUGGUUUCCCAACCACAUCCUCUACUUGUAUAGGUCUUUCAACUACAAGGAGAUUGAUCCUUCUCUUGGACACAUGAUUGUCACCUUAGUGGCCCGGGUUCUGAGUUUCAGCAACUCCUGUGUCAACCCGUUUGCUCUUUACCUGCUCAGUGAAAGCUUCAGGAAGCAUUUCAACAGCCAGCUCUGUUGUGGGCAGAAGUCCUAUCCUGAGAGGUCUACCAGCUACCUCCUCAGCUCUUCAGCAGUAAGAAUGACUUCUCUGAAAAGUAACGCGAAGAAUGUGGUGACCAAUUCUGUCCUGCUCAACGGACAUAGCACAAAGCAAGAAAUAGCACUGUGAUCGGAGGCCAUCCAAUUCAUCCUCGGGAAAUACCAUUUUCGCAACUUUUCCAUUAUUAUUGAGCGAAGCAGAGCUAAAUAAUCACUACAUUUAUACUGCUCCCCAGCUAAUUCAUGAUUGACUCAAGCGCAAGGCACACACUUUUGUCUGAAUAGAAAGAAUUUUACCUUACACCACACACGUCUAACUCACACGUAAAUCACAUAUAUCUCCUGCUAACAUCGGCUUACACAUUCCCUUGGGAUUUAAGACAUUCCAACAAGCAAAUGUGGCAUAUUUACUUUAAAUUCCUUUUAUCUUAAGCCAUAUAGAACGUUUCCAUAAUGACUCUGUAAUUUAGUGAGAGGUAAUGAUCAAACUCCUAUUAUUUGAAAUAUAAAUUACAUAAUUCUGUUGAGGAAAUUUUAUUCAUAAUUAAUAUAUAUAUACAUACAUAUAUAUGUGUGUGUCUAUGUGUCUGUGUCUGUGUGUAUGUGUGUAUGUAUGUGUGUAUACAUUAAUUUGAAAAAUACCAAAGUGGAGCUUAACCAUAUUUCAUUAAUAUUUAUUGUUCUUUGUAUAAUUAUAUUUUACAGAAAGGUUUGUAAGUCCUAGAUAUUGUACUGGAAAAUAUGAUGGCAUUUUAUUAUAAAUUAUAAAUUGAUAUAUGAAUGUGACUUACCUUGCACAUGUAAAACGUUAUAUAAUGUGCUCCAAAUUUCAACACUGUUACUUGUAUAUUUGCAUGACAAUUUUUGUAAACACCUAAAUUCCUUGCAAAUUGACUGCUUCUGCAUAGAUAGAUUUGUGUAAUUCAGACGAGUUCUCAUGUGCUGUUGCCAACUUACAAGUGUAUGGGAUCUCAGGCAUUUUUUUCUUCUUUGCAUGGUAUUACAGUUUUCACCAAAUAAACAUCUUUCCAUUUGUCAAGAAA